AUGGGAUACUCACCUGAAAUUAUCACACAUCUUCAAUCUUCCCAUUGUUCCACAUCGGAGAUCAUAAUACAAGAGAUUUUUAACAUGAAAUUCACGGUGAUGAUAGUGCUGAUGGCGUUAGCUUACGUCUCAGCGCACAAGGAAGCAGUCACUCUGUGUGGACGGAACCUUGCAAACGCAAGGGUUGCAGUUUGCUAUGGAGCAGAAUACGUUGAUAAACGGACAUCGGGAAACACAUUAUUCGAUGAUUUCGAAGAUGUAGACCUGCACGGCGAUUGGCCGUGGACUGGCCGUCGAGGCGCCCUCUCCGCUGACUGGACCCGCUACAAGCGCCAAGGAAUCGUCAACGAAUGCUGUUUCAAACCAUGCACCACCGACGUACUCUUGAAAUAUUGUUAAAUAUUAACCAAAUUAUUGUUGAAAAAAAAAAAGAAACUUAAAAUAUAU